AUGGCAUCGCCCGAGGCAUCAUCUGAAUUAUCAUCUGAGAUAUUGCCCGAGACAUCAUCCCUCGCUGCAUCAGAUCUAAAUGCGUGGCAUUCGCCCAUUGAAAGCACAGGCGACAGAGCCUUAAACCUACACACCGUGAUACCGUCCGAAUCUACAUCAAUCAGUCACACUUCUCCACAAUUCCAAGAUUUCUCUGAAAAUCCUGUACAAGCAUCAUUUACGACGCUUCCUUCCGAACUCUUAAUAAAAAUCUUCCAGAUUCUUGACGGACGUCCCGAACAUCUCCUCAACCUCACACGUGUAUGUCGUCGAUUUGCCAGCAUUCUCUGUUCCUCAAUGUCCAUAAUAGAAAAACUCUGGGAAACAGCCAGGAUAAGAUACUGGCCACGCCACUUUUCGAUUGAAUUGCCGAGAGACUGCGAGAGCGAGCACCAGUUUUGUCGGACGAUGUUGGCUGAAAAGUGCUUUUUUUGUCAAAGCGAGGAGAAUCCGCCGUUCAUCUUGGCCUGUCAAGUGUGUCAGAUAACCCGUGCUCAAGUAUUAAAUCCUUAUUAUGGGAUUGAUGAUGAUUACUCUGAAAACUAA